AUGGAUAGUUUAGAGGAAUACGAACCGCACGUUACGCAAGAGCUGAUCGAUCGUGGCCAUGCAAGGCGCAUGGGCCAUUUGGAAAACUAUUUUGCUGUUUUGCAUAGGCAAAACAUGUAUUCGAAUUUCGCUGUUUAUGGGGAACUGAAUAAGGCCGUUAGCAAGAGACAACUGAGACUUGCCUUGAGGUUAUUGCUUCUAAAGUAUCCAAUUCUUUCGCAUACAAUUGUUCCCAAAAAAUACCCUAACCACGAAGCGUAUUAUCUCAGUCAGGAAUAUCUGAAUAAGCCGUUUCCUCAGCAUGAUUUUAUCAAGGUUAUACCUCACCUAGAACUGGAGGAUUUAAUCAUGAACAGUCAAUCAGAAUACAGGGAAGUCAUCAGCAAAGUUUCGGAACAAUAUAAGAAUGAUAAUUUUAAAGUCACGAGUAGCUUAAUCGAAUUAGUCACCCCUAUAAUCGUACCGGCAUGUGACCCGGAAAGGCCCAAUUGGAGGCUUAUUUGUUUACCUAGUAGGGAUACUAGCGCGGGCGAGGCGUGGACCAACUUCGUUUAUGUCAGUAACCAUUGCGGCUCCGAUGGUAUUAGUGGAACGAAUUUUUUUCAGGAUUUGACUGCUUUACUCUCUACGAUCGAGGAGAACGGGUUCGACUAUGAGGAGGAGAUCGUGGAUAACAACGUCAUCAUCGACUAUAACGAAGAUCACAAAGAAAUCUCGAAGCUUCCGAUCUCCAUCACAGACCGUAUUGACUAUAAGCCUAGAUUGACGUCGCUACCUAAAUUCUUCUUGAAGAACAUCGUGUCUGAGUAUUGUGAGUUCAGAACUUCCAAUGAGUCGACAGUCACUUCCAGGUACUCUCCCUCCUCUAAUGCAAAUGCAGGUUUCAACCAUCUGUUGCAUUUCAGCGCCGAAGAUACACAACAAAUUAGGUCGGAAAUUAAAAAAAAAGUUCAUGCUGGAUGUACCAUAACGCCCUUCAUUCAAGCCUGCUUUUUCGUAGCUUUAUAUAGACACGAUAAAGUUUUCACCAAGUCCUUCCUUGAAUAUGGGUUCGACGUGGCCCUCCCAAGUAGCACAAGAAGAUUCUUACCAAACGACGAAGAGCUAAGAGACUCCUACAAAUACGGCGCAAACGUUGGUGGUUCACAUUACACCUAUUUGAUCUCCUCUUUUAACGUCCCCGAGGGCGACGCCAACAAGUUCUGGCGUCUCGUCGAGUACUACCACGACUGCUUCUUAAAGUCGUACGAUAACGGAGACCACUUGAUCGGCUUGGGCACACUACAACUAGACUUCAUCGUUCAAAACAAGAACGUGGACCAAAUUAUUUCCACCACCUACUUGGACCACCAAAGAGGCGGUGCCAUCAUCAGCAACACAGGGUUUGUCAGGCAAGAUACGACCAAGCCGUACUACGCCCGCGACCUAAUAUUCUCACAGUCUGCAGGCGCCUUGAGAUUUGCGUUUGGCCUAAACGUCUGCUCCACAAACGUUGGUGGUAUGAACAUGGACAUGAGCGUAGUUCAGGGCACUCUACGGAAUCGGGGCGAAUGGGAGUCGUUCUGCGACGUUUUCUACCACGCCAUCGGCGAAUUUGCGUCGCUUGGAUGCGAUACUGCCGUCGCGGGUCUCGUAUAG